AUGGCUACAACGAUUAGACUAGUGACUGUCAUUGUCACUAUUUUAAUUGCUUCAGUGGCAGCUUUUGAUUACUGUCAAAUUCAAAGUUGCCAAAAAGGACAACAUACAAUGUGCAAAUACUUUUCAAAAAAACCAGGGAAAACUUGUAAUAAAUUUCAACGAACCUCCAUUUCAAGUGACGAAAGAAAUGAAAUUCUUAAAGUUCACAAUAUGUUCAGAAAAACAGUUGCAAAUGGAAAAGAGCCUCGUGGAAGCCCUGGCCCACAACCAGCUGGGAUAAUCAAGGAUCUUAAAUGGGAUAAGGAGCUGGCCAAUAUUGCUCAACGCUGGGCCAACCAAUGUGUAGAUGGUCAUGACGAAUGUAGAAACACGAAAACUUUUGGAUAUGUUGGUCAAAAUUGGGCUCUCAUGGGAGACUCACGUGGAUGGACUGCCACCAUGACAGGUUUGAUAAAAGGAUGGUACGAAGAAGUACAAUAUUACAACAAAAAUAACGUUGAAAAAUUCAGACGUAAUUAUGGUCCAGUUACGGGUCACUAUACUCAGAUGGUUUGGGGUCAAACAACUCAUAUUGGAUGUGGUGUUGCUAGAUAUUAUAGAAAAGGAUAUUACACAACUGUGCUUGUAUGUAAUUAUGGUCCAGGUGGAAACAUUCUAGACAGACCAGUUUAUCAAAUUAAACAACUUUGA